CUCCCCUUCAAGUUUCUUUGCAUUUUACUCUCCAAGGUAGCUGUUUACAAUAUAUGUUCGCAUUAUUCCUUAGUCUCCCUUGCUGUUAUAAGUUGCGAAACACCAUACAACAUGGCAGAUUCCCUUCACCUCGAUAGCAAGCAGAUGAAAGCGGCCGAGUCCUCAGGCACUCCCGGCUCGCCGCCAGAAGACAUUGACAUCUUCGACGAGGGCGUUAGCCAUGUCGCCGAGAAGUUUCGUGGCACGUCGGCUGACAAGCGAGACAUGAUGGUCAUGGGCAAGAAGCAGGUUCUGCGGCGAAACUUCAACUUCAUCACCAUGCUCGGAUUUGCCUCGACGUGCAUCGCUAGCUGGGAGGGUAUUCUCACUUAUCUCGCUUUCGUCUUGACUGACGGCGGUACUCCUCUGCUGUUCUGGGGUUUCAUCGCAUGCGCUAUUGGCCAGACAUUAGUAUAUGCCAGUAUAGCCGAAAUGGCUUCCAUGUCACCUACAGCUGGAGGUCAAUACCACUGGGUGUCAGAAUUUGCUCCUAAACGAAUGCGCAAGGUCCUUAGCUACUACUCUGGUUGGCUUACCGCCAUCGGGUGGCAGGUGUACAAUGCCAGCGUGUGUUUCUUGGUCGGCACCAUGGUCCAGGGAUUGAUUGUCUUGAACGACCCGACAUACAUCUACAAGCGGUGGCAUGGAACCUUGCUGUCCAUGUCCACCACCGUAUUCUGCAUCUCUUUCAACACCGUUUUUGCGUCGAGAUUACCCAUCAUCGAGGGUAUGAUUCUGAUCCUCCACGUUGUGGGUUGGUUCGCCAUUGUCAUCACACUUUGGGUCAUGGCACCUCGUGCGGAUGCACACACCGCUCUGCUCGAAUUCACCAACAACGGGGGUUGGUCGAGCGACGGUCUGUCAGCCAUGAUCGGUCUGCUGGCCCCCAUGGCGGUGCUGAUUGGAUAUGACUGUUCCGUUCACAUGUCCGAAGAAAUAAAAGACGCCUCCGUCACCCUUCCUCGUGCUAUCAUGGGCUCCGUGAUAGUCAACAUCACUCUGGUCUUUGUCAUCGUGACGACUCUUUGUUUUACCAUCGGUGACCAAGCUUCGGCUGCGGCCUCGGCGACGGGUUACCCAUUUAUUCAGGUCUUUUAUAACGCGACUGGCUCCUUGGCUGGCACCAGCGUCCUAACAGCCAUCAUUAUCGUCAUGAUGGCCGCGUGCGCCGUCUCGGAAGUCGCUGCUGCAUCGCGCCAGGUCUGGGCAUUUGCUCGAGAUGGGGGCCUACCAGGCUCGGUUUGGCUCUCCAGGAUCUCUCCUGACUGGAAUAUCCCUCUGCCUGCUGUCACGGUCACGCUCUUGGUCUCUGCACUCAUUUCGUUGAUCAAUAUAGGCUCCACUGUCGCCCUAAACGCCAUUACCUCGCUAGGCGCCAUCGCCACUUUGAUCUCAUACUUCCUAACCAUCGCAUGCGUCCUCUACCGCCGCAUCACUGGCCCCGAACUCCCUCCGAGACGUUGGUCACUCGGACGAUGGGGCCUCAUUAUCAACGUCGCCGCUCUCCUGUUUCUGAUCCCGUUGAUCUUCUUCCUGAGUUGGCCGCUUACAACCCCAGUCAAGGCUAUCAACAUGAACUGGUCGAGUACCAUGUUGGGCGGCUCGUUGAUCAUUGCGACUAUUUAUUUUCUGAUUUGGGGCAGAACUUCUUACGUUCCACCGGUGGUCCAUGUGAAGCGAGACGUGUGAAGCAGCUCUUGGGAAACAUUGUAUGUGAGCGGGAGAUGAUCAAAAGAUUUCUUUUCAUUGGCCUUGUACAGACUUUUGUUUUUUGGGGCAUGAGAGAUAUAUGAAUGUCCCACCCCUUUGCCGUUGAGACCCUCUUACCAUAGAGACUAGUAAAAGUGAAGUUCCCCUUAACUGUCGUCAAUCAUGGAACUCGUCUUAGAACAGAGCGUACUAAAGGGGACUGCAGUAGAAAUUAG